CAACUUUGCCUUUCACAGUCGCUCCUCCCUUUUGGGCGCCUCGUCCUACUUUCCCUCGUUCACACGAACCUGGCUCCACCCUCAUGCCGCAACCCGUAAUCUUGACGUAUCGAUAGCGCUCGGCUGGACAUCGAGUCCACAUCUACACAGCACCUGCAACCUCACCUCACCCAGCCCAAACAGUCCCGUAGACUGGAGGGCUCGUCCAAUCAACGACUACAUCCUCGUCAUCACUGGCUGAUAUCGCGUUCCACAACGUCGCCGCCGCCGACUGUCCACGCCCACACACCCCGCCACCAUGUUCACGAGCUUCACGGGCAAUACACGGCGACCACGCCAGGUCAACCUUUCGGGACGUAAGACGAACCCUUUUGGCACACCUAGCACCGGUGCUGGCUCGCAAGCUGCCGUCGACCGAGCACAGCAAGAACGCGCGCAGCGACAACGAGAACGAGAUACACUCAAUGCGGCGAAGAAGAUACAGAGAGUAUGGAGAGGCCACGCCGGCAGACGGAGGGUAGCAGAUUAUUUGCGGCAGGAGUGGGAUUCCGUGGAAAGAGAUACAAUCUCCCAGACGUCAUCUUUACCAUACGACGGCGAAGAGCCAGCCUUAUUGCAACUACAACGGCUGCUGAGAUUUGCAUCGGUACGGAACGAGCAAGAUCUUGGACGGAUACGACACCUGGGUGUCCGACUGCAAAACACUCUAGGGGAGGAGGAUCAUUUCCAAGUUUCGUCAUGGACAUCAGCGUAUUUGAAGUUAGAGAAGUUGCUGUUGGCAGCACUGCCUCAGAUCUUUAAAGGUCCGACAUCGAUAUUGCAGGAUGCAGCCAUGGCGUUCGUCCAGCUUUUGCUGUUUGUUGCAGGACAAAUCCCCGCCCAGACCUCUCAGCACGCAUAUCCAUACUACCGCACGCUCGCUGAAACUGUAUCGAAGCUCGCACCAUCCCUGGUAAGCACAACAAUGGUUGGAGAUUCAAAUGCCAGUGGCGCAGAAAUUGUCAAUUGGCAGCAAGGUUGGGAGGUUUUUCUCGCCACUCUCAUCGCGCCGCUCAAGGCUGUUACUGGAUAUACUUUGGACGCAUACGAGGCUUUUGGCCACAUCUUCAUGACUAUACCGCUGCUAAGCUCCAACUCAACGUCUCCUCUCAUUGGCAGAUUCAGAGAUGCGCUUGCCGAGUUGAUCAACUACAAGCUGCUCGCUAGUGCGCUAGCCACAUCGUUCAAGAGCUCGGGAUUACAGUCACAUCCCCAGUUGAAGAGCACGAACAGUCGCCUGCGAUUGCUUGGGCUGUUCAUAUACUUCCACCGAUAUGCGCACAAUUUCGAUUCACCAGAAGCGUACGCGAUACAUCAAGACUUCGUCACGGUGGUGUCUCUCCUACUGAAUUCUCUUCCAGCCGGAAUUCUUGGUGACGAAGACUCUGUCAUUGAUUUGACGGAUGAAGACGACUUGACUACAGACAAAGUUACUCAGUUCUUGAAAGAGCAGGUACAGUCCCUUGUGAACCAAGAAGGCAUUGGAAGCUUAUUGGCUGGUUCACCACAAUCCUUGCAAGCUUCAGAGGAUGAGAAGAUCGAGGAGGCGAGGCAGCUGGCAAACUACGCCCUUGCGUUACUUCGAUUCUUCCCCAAGAGAGGUGAUGAGAUUCGCAUGUGGCUUUACAUUGGUCCCUCAGACAAGAACAACGCCGGACAGAAAUCGCCUGCGAUCAGAUACUUCUGGGAAGCGUCAAAACGGUCAUUCGUGUAUGCGACCAUCUUCCGCGAUUCACGUGCGGCAAUUGAGCUGUUGAAGACAAAGACGACAGAUCCUAGUCCUUCAGGCUUGACACAGCAUGGCUUUUGGCAACCAGCACAGCAAGAGGUCAACCGCGAGGCUGCUGUUGCGGAUGAGUGGAGAGUCAUACUUGUCUUCCUCGAGUUAUACACUUUCGUGCUGAAGGUCACGGACGACGAGGAGUUCUUUGCCGCCGGGCAGCAUGACGGCUUCUCGAACCAAGUCCGCGACAGCGGUCUUCCUCUCACCGAAGUCAAGGACCUCACAACUUUCUUGAAGAAUCUUGGAUUCACACUGUACUUCAACGCAGCGGACAUCAUGCCUGCAGAGGAGGGCACGACUACAAACUCCAGUCUCAACUUUUACAGCCACCAAGCUGUGGAGACUCAGGCAGCCAAAGAGACGCAGGAACCAUCAGUCGGUGGAGUCGCCGGACUCAGUCUUGACUAUGUCAAGGGACUGGUCACUGGACUACUCCGGAUGGUCUACGAGCGAGAUUCGCGCCGUAACUUCUUGCCUGGUGAUCACUGGCUGAUGACCUCUCGCUUCGACAUGACAGGCUUUAUUCCAGCUGUAGUGGAAGAGGAAGAAUCACGACACAAGAUCCAAGAUGAAGAUGCUGACGAUGUGGACGAAGAGGAGGAUGAGAUCGACGACACGCCACAAUUGAUUGGCACAAGCCGUGUACAACAGCAGCGGAGAUUGGAAAGGCUACAACGGCAGCAGCGCAAGGCCUCGCGGAGAAGGUAUUUGCAAGCUGUCGCCCCGCGCCUGGAGAUUCUGCAGAACAUGCCCUUCUUCAUCCCUUUCACAACUCGAGUGAAAAUAUUUCGAGAGUUCGUGCAUCUGGACAUGACCAAGCGCAGGCAAACUGCUGAACCUGAAGCCUGGCGAGCGAGAAUGAUGUUCGGUGGUGGGCCAGGCGACAAACACUCCGCGAGGAUUCGACGAGACAACGAGUUCGAGGAUGCUUACGAACAAUUCUACUCUCUAGGCCAAGGCCUCAAGGAACCCAUACAGAUCACUUUCGUAGAUCAAUUUGACGCUCCUGAGGCCGGUAUUGACGGUGGUGGUGUAACUAAAGAGUUUCUGACCAGCGUCACGGAUCGCGCUUUCAGACCUACGGACUCUGUUGACAUGUUUGCGGAAAACGACCAGCAUCUUCUGUAUCCGAACCCUGCUGCGGUUGAAGAGCAUAAAGAGCAGUUGAAGCAAGUCGGGUUGCGCGAGAACUCGCCGGAGUUCCGACAACAGAUCACCGAGCUUUUGCACCGCUACGAAUUUCUUGGCCGCAUCAUUGGCAAGUGCUUGUAUGAAGGGAUACUGGUAGACGUCAACUUUGCACCGUUCUUCUUGCGCAAGUGGGCAUUAACAGGUGGUGCUGGCUCUGCGCCAAACGAAACUGGCUAUCGCCCUACGCUCAACGAUCUUCGCGACCUCGACGAAGAGCUCUACCAAGGUCUCCACAAGCUCAAGACCUAUCCCGGUGACGUCGAGGAUUUCUCUCUCAACUUCACGGUCACCGACACAGUCGUCACCGAUCACACCGCCUCCCCCAAGAAAACCAAAGCCAUCACCAGAGACCUGAAACCUGGCGGCGCUAACACAGAAGUAACAAACCAAAACCGCCUCGUCUACAUCAGCUACAUGGCGCGCCACCGUCUCCAAAACCAACCCUAUCUCCAGACCACCGCCUUCCUCCGUGGCCUUAGCACCAUGAUCCAACCCUCCUGGCUCUCCAUGUUCAAUCACUCAGAACUGCAGACGCUGAUCUCGGGCACACGCACCCAGAUCGACGUCGAAGACCUACGCCGCAACACCAUCUACGGCGGGACUUAUGUGAUCGGCGACGAUGGCCUCGAGCACCCAACGGUCCAGCUCUUCUGGCAGAUUAUGAAGGACAUCAGUGAUGAUGAGCGUCGUGCUGUACUGAAGUUCGUCACCAGUACGCCCAGAGCGCCCUUGUUGGGAUUUGGCACAUUGAACCCCAGAUUCAGUAUUAGAGAUGGAGGGAGUGACCAAGAGAGGUUACCCAGCACGAGCACGUGUGUGAACCUGUUGAAGCUGCCGAUGUAUAGGGACUAUGAUGUGCUGAAGGAAAAGCUGCUGUAUAGCGUGUUCAGUGGGGCUGGGUUCGAUUUGAGUUAGAUGGCGGUGGGGACGGGUGGGGUGGGAAGAAGGACCUGGAGAUAAACACAUGACAUGAUUGAUGGGCACAAUGUUUCAAUAUCGAGUGUGUCCCCCAGAUAUAAUGUGAUGUACAGUAUUC